AUGCAUGAAAGGGAAGAAUGGGGGACCACUGGUGGCAUCAGGAGAUCUGACUCUGAGAGGCGUCUAAAGCUCUGCUUCUCCGACACUUGCGAGCGGACGUUGCUGUACGGUCAAAAGGCCCUCUUGACAGCUGAAGUAUUAGCUUUGGAGGUGUAUACACCAAAAGAACUCUUCGUGGCAAAUGGGACACAAGGGAAGCUGACAUGCAAGUUCAAGUCUACUGACACGACUGGCGGGUUGACCUCAGUCUCCUGGAGCUUCCAGCCAGAGGGGACUGACACCACUGUGUCGUUUUUCCACUACUCCCAAGGGCAAGUAUACCUGGGGAAUUAUCCACCAUUUAAGAACAGAAUCAGCUGGGCUGGAGACCUUGACAAGAAAGAUGCAUCAAUCAACAUAGAAAAUAUGCAAUUUAUACACAAUGGCACCUAUAUCUGUGAUGUCAAAAACCCUCCUGACAUUGUUGUCCAGCCUGGGCACAUUAGGCUCUAUGUCAUAGAAAAAGAGAGUUUGCCUGUGUUUCCAGUUGGGGCGGUGGUAGGUAUAGUCAUUGCUGUGGUGCUGGGUCUCACUCUGCUCAUCAGCAUGAUUCUGGCCAUCGUCCAUAGAAAGAAAAACUCAAAACGGGAUUACACUGGAUGUUCUGACAUGGAGAGUUUGUCACCGAUUAAGCAGGCUCCACGGAAGUCCCCCUCCAACACAGAGGGUCUAGUAAAGAGUCUGCCUUCUGGAUCUCACCAGGGUCCAGUCAUAUAUGCACAGUUAGACCACUCUGGUGGACAUCACAGUGACAAGAUUAACAAGUCAGAGUCUGUGGUGUAUGCGGAUAUCCGGAAAAAUUGAGAAGACACAGAACAUAUCCUAAGCAAGCAACAAAUCCAAACAGGACUCUUGUGCAGAAAAUGUAGCCCAUAACCAUGUGUGGCCUUGGAGACCCAGGCAAGGACAAGCACAUGUGUACUCAUAGCGGGAGAAAAAGAUAUAUAUAAAGGAUAUGUAUAAAUACUCUAUUUAAUCAUCCUGACGUGAGGAGCCACCGUUGCAUGAUGAAAAGAUGGUAUAAUUCUGCAGAUAUACAAAUUGUCUUGUUGUUUUUGUACUUUCUGUCAGGGUCAUUUACAACUGGGAAAUUUCAGAAACAUUCCUGUCACCAUCAUUUAGAUAUGGUUUGCCUUAACAGAGACAGUAGCAGAUAUUUUAGUAUUUCUAGUAGACAUGGCCUUUUCAUCUGAGGGCUUAACUAGUCUUAGCAUUUAUUGUAGUUGGAGAAUGGAGACUCUACGAUGGAAGCACGUCCAAGGUGGCCUUCAACACAGUGUCGGCACCAUUUAUUUGGUGGUAGCUUUUGGUAAACAUCCAUUAGCUAUGCCCUGGAAGACAGUUUGAAAUGUUUUUGUUGUUUUUCUCUCUACAGCAGGGCAAUUUUUAGCCUUACACGUUCUGUAGACUUACUUUAAUGUUGCACCCUUUAAGUGUGUCAUAUCCAUUUGUGAAUUCAUAAUAGCAAGAUAGGCAAAGGAUACAUGCUGGAAUUCACUUCUUCUAGGUACUUUUAGAUCAAUACCAUAGCGAUAAUUAAAGUAGAAAAUCUGGGCUUGCUUGAGGAGUAUUGUGCCAUUUGGAGAGUAAAAGGUUAUCAGUUAAUAUUCUUUGCUGAAGUCCUUCCUGCUUGAGAUAAGAGUCCCCACACAGCUGAAGGACAGGAGUUUCUUUCCUACUAAGUAGGCAGCAAUGGGGUCAUUAGAUAGAUUGCCACUCUCCUGGAUCCGAGAGCUCUCUAGAGAUUCACCUUCUCUAUAAAGCUUCAGUCAUGCUUCCAGCCAGAGGCAGCAGCAGUCAUGGCUUUAUAAUAUCUUCAGGGUGCUGUAGAGACCUUUGAAACUGAAAAGGGUCAAGAUUUUUUGAAGUCAAGUGGGGCUAGUAUUGCUACUUUGGGAAUCUCUUCUCCGUUUCUGUGUAUUGUUUGCUUUUUUUUGUUUGUUUGCUUUUUUCCCUCCCCUCCCCCCCAAUUACAUGGAAUUGAUAAACAAUAAGAUAAGAAAAAAUAGAGACAACUUGGGGAUCCUUCCCCAAAACUGUUUCUCCCAUUAACUACCCCCCACCCCACCUCAAAUCUAUCAGUUUUUGACUGGUAAUGAAAAGCAUGGUGAAGAUCAUUAAACUUUUAUUUAUAUUGUCAUUCUCCCAUUUUCUUGAUUAUUUUGUUUUAAAAUAAUAUUUUUCGCCUUUAGAAUUGUCUGAGAGCCCCCAGUUAUGGAAAGAAUACCGUCUAGAUGGUCUGCAGAACAUGUUAGGGUUGACAGUGAGGGUGACUUUAGCUUUUCUCCCGUUUAGUUUGAAGUUCCCUGUGAGCUGCUUCCAUGUCCUUCCCGUCGUCUGUCAUGUUUGGGGCUGUUUGAAGGCCCAGUUCUAAAAGAAUUCACAAAGGUGAUAAAGCAGGAUUUAGAUAUAAAGAUGCGUGUGAGACGCUAUAACAGAGGAGGGGACUGUGAGCUUCAAAACUGACUGUCGCACACAGGAGGGCUUUUAUUUCCGGAGGAGCUGUUUGUCGCUCUCCCCGGCUGUGUAUGGAGGUGAGCGGGGAGCAGUCUCGUCACCCCGAGGCCGGGGAGGGGACAGGGGACCUCCGCGCCGCAGAGAGACGCUUCCCAAAGUGGUCGACGGCGCCUUGACCCUAAAACCUUUCUGCAUCCAUUUUGGAAAUGACAGGAGCAUUUAGGAGACAGGAGGGGAGGCAGGCGGGGAUGGUCACCAUUCUUCAGACGGAUGCCAAGAUAAUGCCAGUCUUGGCGAGCCUUUGCCACUGUGCGAGCCACACAGCCGACCGAGGCGGGGUUUGAGGUGGGACGGACACGAGUCGUCGACAGACCACGUGCGAGGUUUCCUUACCGUCGCUUUUGACAGAAAAGGAGCGUUCUCCUUUCCUCCCUUCUCAACAGUUCCUGGGAGUAGACUGUACGUGCUGACAUUCCUGCCGUCCGCUUUCGCUGUCAGGACCGGGAGCCGCGUAUCGGGGAAGCCGGUGCUCUGGGCCCGCUCCCCGCCGCCUGCCCGGGCCUGGCUCAGCCGCACGGACGGAGCUGCACGGACGGAGCUGCUCGGGCUGCUCGGGCGCGGCCUGAGCAUCGCAGGGUGGGGCCGCCCGCCCCAGGGCACGCGCUGUCCCUUGGCUUUUUGUCCCUUUCUCCUGUGCCUCAGCAUUCCUGUGCCUAACUGCAGAUGACAGCAGUGGGGUUGCUUCUGAGCAGCAGACCUGCCCUUUCCGUGUCUUCUUCCUGGCAGAACAAGACCUCCUAAAAUUGUGUGUGAAUCCUGUGCCCCUAAAGGGAUUAGGUAGAGAGGAAAAUUCCCAACCAUCUGUGGUUGUAUCCACCAAGGGAAAACCAACAAGCUCAUUAUUAUUCUUUGCUCUUUUUCAAUUGUAACUUUUGUGAAUAUUUUAAUACAUCUUUUUCAAUUUC